GCACUUGUACCUACGUCAAGCAAAGGGGAGGGGAGGGGCUGGCUGCGAGACUAGCGUGCGUGCGUGCGUGAGCGUGUGACUACUUCGUGUAUUUCUCUUUAGUUGAUUAAACUCUACUACUAUAACAAAACGUUUAGAUAUGAUUUCAAUCACUAGUCUCGCGUAGCCAUUUUCGCACAGAAAUAUGACGCGGCGGAAAUGGGUCUGGCUACGCGAGCCUCCCCGUCACGUUGGGGCUGUCUUCUAACGUGCGUUAGGACCUACUCCUAAAUUUUAGUAUGCCAACAGUCGGCGUUCAGAGAGACCUGCUAUUUCAACUAUUAGGCAAAGUUUACACUGAUGAUGAGUUUGCUGAACUUUGCUUCGACUUUGGUCUGGAACUUGAUGAAGUGACUUCGGAGAAAUUGAUGAUAAGCAGAGAACGGGGCGACGAGAAGGCGACAGAGGCGUCUGAUGCAGUCCUAUACAAGAUUGACGUGCCAGCAAAUCGGUACGAUUUAUUAUGUAUGGAGGGUCUGGUUCGAGGUCUUCUCAUCUUUAUGGACAAGCAAAAGGUGCCUCUGUACAGGGCAGUUCGGCCACAAACUGGAGAAUGUCAACGAUUGGUGAUAAAGCCAGAGACGUCACAAGUAAGACCACAUGCUGUGGCUGCUGUCUUACGAAACAUUACAUUUACUGAGACAUCAUACAACAGUUUCAUUGAUUUGCAAGACAAGUUGCAUCACAACAUUUGCAGAAAGAGGAGUUUGGUGGCUAUUGGGACACAUGACUUAGACACGCUGGAGGGGCCGUUCUCAUAUGAAGCAUUACCCCCAGGAGAAAUUAGAUUUAAGCCUCUUGGUCAGACAAAAGAGUACACGGCAGUAGAACUGAUGGAACUGUACAAGACUGAUAGCCAUCUACGCCAUUACCUGCCAAUUAUUAGAGACCAACCUGUAUAUCCAGUGAUCUACGAUAAGAAUAGAGUUGUUCUGUCUAUGCCACCGAUUAUCAAUGGUGAACAUUCGAAAAUUACGCUAGCAACUAGAAAUGUUUUUAUUGAAUGUACAGCCACCGAUCUAACAAAGGCAAAGAUUGUACUUGACACUCUUGUGACCAUGUUCAGCCAAUAUUGUGAAGAACCAUUUGUUGUGGAAUCGGCUGAAGUUGUUCUUGCUGAUGGGCCUACUGUGACGUACCCUGAACUCAAGUAUAGAUCCGAAACUAUAGCAAGUGAUGAGAUUGGAAGAAAGAUUGGCAUUGAAGUGACAGCAGACGAGUUGGCUAAGCUACUGACAAAGAUGUGUUUGGCUGCAGAAGUAAUCGACGAAGGACAAGCCAUUUCAGUAGAGGUUCCUCCAACUCGAUCAGACAUUAUUCAUGCAUGUGAUAUUAUUGAGGAUGCAGCCAUCGCAUACGGAUACAACAAUGUGAAGAAAACUGUACCUCAGACUCUCACAAUAGGAGAACAGUUUCCAUUGAAUAAACUAACAGACCUCCUUCGUGGAGGGAUUGCUCAAGCAGGCUUUAGUGAAGUUCUUACAUUCGCUUUGUGUUCUCGAGACGAGGUGGCCACUUUCUUGAAUCGUUCAAUAGACGACGUGCCAGCUGUACACAUUGAGAAUCCAAAAACACUCGAAUUUCAGGUUGCUCGAACGACUCUCUUGCCUGGAAUUCUGAAGACAAUUAGUUGUAACAGAAACAUGCCGUUGCCAAUCAAAGUGUUUGAGAUUUCUGACGUUGUCUUUACAGACACGAGCAGAGAUGUUGGAGCGAAGAAUGAAAGGCGUUUGUGUGCAGUUAACUACAACAAAACACCAGGAUUUGAGGUCAUUCAUGGAUUGCUAGACAGAGUUAUGCAGCUACUAGAAGUCGCACCUUCAAAAGACAGUAAAGGCUAUCACUUGAGGGCUAAAGAUGAUCCUGCUUUCUUUCCUGGGCGGUGCUCAGAGGUGAUUGCGUAUGGUCGUAGUGUUGGUACUCUGGGUGUUAUUCAUCCGUCGGUUUUACAACGAUUUGAUCUACCCAUGCCUUGUGCGGCUCUGGAAAUUAACUUGGAGGCAUUUCUUUGAUAAAGUUUGAAUUUAGACUGACGUAUGGCAUGUCAAGUACUUGCUUGCUUGAAAUAGUCAACGGGUGUGAUGGAAUGUGGUUUCUCUCAGUGUUACAUGUUUGAUAGAAUGUUUAAGUUUUAAUGGAUGAAACUAUCACUACCAGUAUGCCAACUUGUAUGUAAACAGUACUAUUGAACAUGGUAUGUGGUUUACUAAAAGUC